UGAAUUCUCCGCGUAGGCAAACAUGGGAAGAAGGUGUGAUGGCUGAGACUACUUGAAUGCGAAGCCUGUCCUUCCUUUUCAUGCGCAUGAUGAUAAAUAGAUAGCUUUAAACACAAACUUCGCCUUCAAAAAAGUUAAGCCCUUACCUCCAAAUGGGAAUCUUCUAAAGGGAUCUUUCUUUCUCAUACUCAAAAGUUCGUAUGUAUUUCAAUGAGUUGGUGCUAAUAAAUUAUGAUUUUGAAUAUUUGAUCGGUCUUUUUGGGUGUAGGAGCAGUUGGGUCUUGGAAAUGAUGAUAAUGCCCAUUUCUUCUCCUCAUUCACAGGGAAGUUUUGGAUUAAAAUGUUUUGCCUGAGACUAUUAUCAGGAUCGUUUUGAAUACAAAUUCCCCGUUGUCCAAAACCCCAGAUUUUUAUUUGCCCAAACAAAUGAUGAUCUAUCUGCACUCAGUCAAGAAAGAAUCAUUGAAUUCCCACCAAGAAGUUCUGAUAAAUUCGCCAACCUCCUCAUUUAUGAACCCCAACCCUCUCUAACUCUGCCUUUUAUACUUCCUUUUCCCCUCCCCCUUCCUCAUUUAACACUCCCACAGUCUCUUUUUCUCAUGGAAGCUCUGCUGAAAUAUCAAUCAAAUUUGCUGAACAUUCGUCACUUCCAGACAAGGUAAGCUCAGAGACCGUCCUUGAAACCUAGAGAUUUCGGGUGUUGCUGUUUUCGCUAUGUUUUUUUGGCCUCUGUAAAGGUUUGGGAAAUGGACUGUGGCUUUUUAGAGGGUUUCAGAAUCCAGGAAAGUUGCCGGAGAUGGACCCGGGACCAUUCACGAGAGAUUCCCAGUGAAUAAGUAAUGGUGGUUUGGAAAAUUUAAAAGGGGGUGGGAUUUGAGAUUCUGGGUUGGCUCUGUGUAUCGAUAUUUCUCAUUUUCAAGGUUUUUUCCUGAUGGGUUUUCGUUUGUUCGGUUCCAUUUUAGUUCUUGCACUGUUCUUCAAACAUAUGGCAUGUCAACAACCUAAUACAGAUGGGUUUUAUAUCUCUGAGUUCUUGAAGAAGGUGGGCUUGAACUCUUCUCAUGUCUAUAAUUUCUCGGCUCCUGUUUGUACAUGGAAAGGGGUUUUCUGUGACAAAGAUGUAAAUGUUAUCGAGUUCGUGGCUUCUGGUGUUGGCCUCUCCGGCGCUAUUCCCGACAACACUGUCGGCAAACUCAGCAGACUUCAGAGUUUGGAUCUUAGCAACAACAAAAUCACUGGAUUUCCUACGGAUUUUUGGAGCUUAGGCCUACUCAAGAGGCUCAAUCUCUCUUCCAACUUGAUUUCUGGACCUCUCGGAGACAGCAUUUGCAACUUCGGACAGCUUGAAAGUGUUGACAUUUCCAUCAACGAAUUCUCUGGGAAAAUACCAGAAUCUAUAAGCUCAUUACUUAGUCUCCGAGUCCUGAAAUUAGACCAUAACAGGUUUGGUGGAAGCAUCCCAUCAGGAAUUCUUAACUGUCAAUCUCUGGUUGUCAUGGACGUUUCGUGCAAUCAGCUAAAUGGGUCACUUCCUGAUGGCUUUGGGGCUGCAUUUCCCAAGCUUGAAAGCUUGAACUUUGCGGGAAAUGGGAUUCAUGGCCGUGAUUCAGAUUUUUCUGGGCUCAUAGCCUUGGCAGCUCUUAACUUAUCUGGAAACUUGUUUCAGGGUUCGGUUAUGGGCUUGUUCAAGGAGCAGUUGAAGGUGUUAGACGUCAGUAGAAAUCAAUUUCUUGGUCACAUUUCUCAGGCACAGCUGAAUUCUAGUUAUAACUGGUCUCAUUUGGUGUAUCUGGACUUGUCUGAGAAUCAGCUCAGUGGAGACAUUUUCCAUGUUUUGGAGCGCGCCCAAAAUCUCAAGUACCUUAAUCUUGCUUGCAAUAGAUUUAGCAGCCUGGAAUUUCCACAUGUUCAAUUGCUUUCGAGUUUAGAAUACCUUAAUCUAUCCAGAUCCGGCCUUAUGAAUCACAUUCCUCCUGAAAUCUCAAAUUUGAGUCAUUUGAAUACUCUUGACAUCUCCCAGAAUCAUCUUAUGGGGAGAAUCCCGUCUUUGAGCGUCAAAAACCUCCAGAUUCUUGAUGUUUCAUGGAACAAUUUGAGUGGAGAGAUCCCCCUAUCGCUCUUAGAAAAACUUCCAUGGAUGGAGAGAUUCAACUUUUCCUACAAUAACUUAACCUUCUGUGAUUCAAAUAUUUCCUUCAAAACCCUCCAAGCAGCCUUCCUUGGGUCAGCAAAUAGCUGCCCCAUUGCUGCAAAUCCGAGUCUUUUCGUUAGAAAACCCAGUAAACACGAGGUCUUGAAGCUGGCUCUGGCUGUUACUUUCUCCAUGAUCUGCCUACUUCUAGCAGUGAUAUUUCUAGCAUUCGGAUGCAGAAGGAAAAGCAGGACGUGGGUCGUAAAGCAGGCCUCUUACAAAGAAGAGACUAAUAUUUCAGGGCCUUUUUCUUUCCAGACUGAUUCAACCACAUGGGUGGCUGAUGUUAAGCAGGCAACGUCGGUUUCGGUAGUAAUUUUUGAGAAGCCAUUGUUGAAUAUAACCUUUGCUGACUUAUUAUCUGCAACUUCAAAUUUCGACCGGGGCACUCUAUUGGCAGAGGGCAAGUUUGGCCCUGUAUACAGGGGAUUUCUACCUGGAGGAAUUCAUGUGGCUGUGAAAGUUUUGGUUCAUGGUUCUACAUUGACAGAACGGGAAGCUGCAAGAGAACUUGAGUAUCUUGGUCGAAUUAAACACCCCAAUCUUGUGCCAUUAACUGGAUAUUGCUUGGCUGGGGAUCAAAGAAUUGCCAUCUAUGAUUAUAUGGAGAACGGGACCUUGCAGAAUUUGCUCCAUGACCUGCCAUUGGGUGUUCAAACAACGGAGGACUGGAGCACGGAUACGUGGGAGGAAGUUGACAACAAUGGAAUAGAAAAUGUUGGUUCAGAAGGUACAUUAACAACUUGGAGAUUCCGUCACAAAAUUGCACUAGGUACUGCUCGAGCGCUCGCAUUUCUUCACCAUGGGUGUUCGCCUCCAAUCAUUCACAGAGAUGUUAAGGCCAGUAGCGUUUACCUGGAUUAUAACUUGGAGCCCAGAUUAUCAGAUUUUGGACUGGCUAAGGUUUUUGGCAAUGGUCUAAGUGAAGAGAUCUCCCGUGGUUCACCCGGUUACACGCCACCAGAGUUCUUACAGCUCGAGAACGACUCUGUAACACCAAAAAGUGAUGUAUACUGCUUUGGUGUUGUCCUGUUUGAGCUUGUUACUGGUAAGAAGCCAAUUGGAGAUGAGUAUCCUGAAGGAAAAGAAACAGAUUUGGUGAGUUGGGUUAGAGGACUUGUUAGAAAGAAUCAAGGAUCAAGAGCUAUUGAUCCGAAAAUUCGAGGUACAGGACUAGAUGAUCAAAUGGAGGAGGCCCUUAAGAUUGCAUACCUAUGCACAGCCGACCUUCCAUCUAAACGACCGAGCAUGCAGCAGAUAGUUGGACUUCUAAAGGACAUCGAACCGAUGGCUUAGACGAUGAACAAUCAACAAGAAAAGCAUUGGGGUUCUUUUGGUCUCCCUUCUCUGAUGCUGCAAGGGGAAGUGUACAGAAUAGUCAUCCUGGAAAGAUACGUUUCAAAAUGUUUAUGUAUUUCUUCUUUCCUCAUGUCAUUGUGCAACAUCAGAAUUUUAUAUCAAAUAUAGAGUUUGUCCUGGGAACUGAAAAUUGAGGAAUUUCCACCAAAAUUUUGUUGAUA